UGAGUCGAAAAAGUCACAGAACAUGCCGAACACAGCACAGCUGGUAGAUAACAGAAUUUUUUUCGGGUGUCUGAGUUGGUGUGCAAAAUGGAUGAAGGAGAGUUGGUUGAAUACUUCAGAACUCAAAUGAGUCAAGAUCCAGAUGUGGCCUCAGCAGUGGCUGCAAUACGCUCUCUCCUGGCGUUCCUGAAAAGAGACCAAAGUGAGACGAUCUAUGGCCUGAGAGAGAACAUGACACGGGCCAUUGGCUGCCUGCAGGAGGCUGACUCCUCGGUGGCCGUGUCUUCAGGAGGAGAGCUCUUCCUUCGCUUCAUCACCCUGACAUCACUGGAACAUCCGGACCUCUCUCAGUGCAAGAAGGUGAUGGUUGAAAGAGGGGAACUGUUCUUGAAGAAGAUUUCACUCUCCAGAAACAAGGUGGCCAAACUUUGUCACAAUUUCAUCAAAGAUGGAGCUAAAAUCCUGACCCACUCAUCCUCCCGUGUGGUUCUGAAAGUGCUGGAGAAUGUGGCAGCGGAUAAGAAACGCUUCAGUGUCUAUGUCACAGAGUCCCAACCAGACUCCUCAGGAAAUCAGAUGGCAGAGAAACUACGGAAGCUAAAUAUUCCAGUCACAGUUAUCCUCGAUGCUGCAGUGGGGUACGUUGUGGAAAAGGUAGACUUAGUGAUAGUUGGAGCUGAAGGAGUUGUGGAGAGUGGAGGCAUUAUUAAUAAGAUUGGCACCUAUCAGAUGGCAGUGUGCUCUAAAGCCCAUAAUAAGCCGUUCUAUGUGGUGGCAGAGAGCUUCAAGUUUGUCAGGCUCUAUCCUCUCAACCAGCAAGAUGUUCCUGAUCGAUUUAAGUACAAAGCGCACACCCUUAAAACAGCGGAAGACCUGGAUAAGGAGCACCCUAUGAUUGACUACACCCCUCCUUCCCUCAUCACCCUGCUUUUCACCGACCUGGGGGUUCUCACCCCUUCUGCAAUCAGCGAUGAACUCAUUAAGAUUUACUUGUGAGUGUCCCUCCCAUCCUACAUAAUCCCAGGGAGAUGGGAAUGACCAUUGUGCUCUUAAUGACAGCUGUGUGAUAAGCCUUCUCUAGUGAUGAGGUGCUUUAGCCUGGGUUGUUCCACUGAUUCUUCUGUAAAAUUAAAACCAGAAUAUCAGGAGA